AUGGUCGCCUUUAGCCAAUUUGUUAGCGACGAUUCGCUAGAGCCCCUCUUCGCCGCCAACCGGGAGGCGAAAGCUCGAACCCAACAGCUUCUGGACUUGUUGGACCCCGACAACCGCCCAGCUGGUAUCUCCGACGAAGAAUGGGCCUUGCGCGCCUCUGAGAAUCAAAAAGCCCUUUUUGCUGCACUAGCCAAUCUACGUAAGGAGCACCGCGACGCGGCCCUUCGUGUUCGUGAAAGCAAGCAAGCCACCGCGGAGGCCCGCCAGGAGGUCGAUCGCCUGCAUCUUGAGCUCCAGAAUUUGUACUACGAGAAAAACCAUCUGCUGAAUGAGAUUGCUGCAUGUGAAUCUUACGACCACCCGUAUCGGAAGCUCCCGUUGAUACCCGUCGAAGAAUUCCUGGAAUUGUUUCCUGAGCACCGCGAGUCCAGCGAGCAUGAAUUAAUGAUUGCUCGGAUCACCCACGAACAUGCCGAGCGAGAGAAACUGGAACAGGCUCGCCAAGAACUCUUGAAGCGCAAGCAAGCCUUAAUUGCCGAGAACAAAAAGCGCAAGGAGGACCUUGCGAGUCUGGAUCAGGAUCUCGAGAAAUUCGUUGACGCUGCGAAACCUAUUCAGAAGAUCUUCGAGAAGGAAUACUAG